AUGAUGAAGGUUAUUUUACUGUUACUCUCCACUAUAGGCAGAAGUAGUCAGCUAACGCUGGGUGAGUGUGGGAUAGAAGCAAGACGGCCAGAAAUCAGUGACAUCGCAGUGCAAUGCGGCACUUCAUCCAUUAGUCUGGCGAUUCAAAUGUGCCCCGUUGUCUACACCGGCUACAACGAGACUCUGCUGAUCCUGAACCACAAGUUGGACCCGGUCUGUAGAGCAACCCUCGAUGAAUCUGUGACUCCACCUGUUGCUCGCUUCAACUUCCCUCUAAAUAUGACCCACGCCUGUGGAAGCAUAUUCAGGACCACCAGCGCUGCUGGGACGGGAAUAUUCUCUGACUUCUCCAACAUCCAGACGGUCAACAUCAGCGGCGUUGUCCGGUCUGUCGAUCCCACAUCGGGCAUGGUCACUUACAACGCUGAGCUGAAGUACUACUACUCCUGCGCCUACCCCUUAGAAUACCUGAUCAACAACACCCAGAUCGAUGUGUCAGCGUCCUCCAUUGCGAUCAGGGACAACAACGGGAGUUUCAUCAGCACUUUGAGCAUGACGUUGUUCAAUGACGCCGGCUACACCAGACCAAUGGUCAUUCCACAGCUGGGGCUUGAACUGAGGACCAAAGUGUACGUCGAAGUCAAGGCCACCAACUUGACAGGGCAGUACCACGUCCUGCUGGACCGGUGCUACGCCUCCAUCUCCCCACUGCCUUCCAACUCCACCUUCUUCAACCUGUUCGUCCCCUGCUCACAGGACCAGUUCACCACUAUGAUCGAGAACGGCGACAGCCAGAGCUCCCGCUUCCACUUCCCGGCCUUCCGCUUCAUCGAGCAGCAGAACGAGACCGUGUCCACCUACUACCUCCACUGCAUCACCCGGCUGUGCGAAAAGAGCACCUGCAGCAGCUUCAAGCAGUGCAGACGGAAGAGGAACACCGUGGACAAACCCGCGUCGGGCAUAACCGAGCCUUACACCAUCUCUUCCACGGAGAUCGUCACCAAGGCCGACAGCAACGAGUCCAAAGAGAAGCCCCUCGUCGGCGGAGAAGAAGACGACUCUUCUGUCGGGCUUGGCGUUGCUGUCGGCGUCCUCGCCUUUGUUUGCCUAGUUGCCCUUUGUGUUGCAGCUGUGUUUUACAAAAGGCUGAAGAACUAAGGAGGCAUCCAUAGCGCUGAAAUGCAGAAUACUUACCUCAGGUCUAUCUGCACGCUCAUUUUAGUUUUUCUGGUGGAGGACAGCUCAUUUCUGCAUUAGUUAGGAGAACUUUGUAUGUCUAUUAUUGUAGCUCUAACUGUGUAUCA